AUGCCGCCGUUCCGAAGCGCAGCUGUGUCGGUAACGCCCCCGAGUCGCCUCAGCGCGUGGCCGCCCGCGCCCAAGCGCGUCCGACUCACUCCGCCCGUGACGCCCCAUCCAACGGCCCGUCGCGCGACCGCCGCCUCGCGACUGCCGCCGCUGCAGUCGCUCAAGCAGCUGACGGCGCGGCGGCCGCCCAGUGCGCGCGCGGCGGCCGUUGCUGUCGCCGUGACGGCCGAACUCCGGCGCAAGUACUUGGACGACAUCUCGCUGGUCGUGCACGAGCUCAGGGCCGUGCUCGUGUACGGCCCCGGGUCGGCCUGUCGCGACGCGCCCGUGUCGCCCGCGCUCGUGCUCAAGCUCGUGCGCACGGUGCAGACGCUCGAGAAGCUGCGGGCGCUGCUGCUGUUGGACCCCGCGCGGCUGCGGCGCGUGUCGCUCGCGCAGCUCGAGACGGUCGAGCAGCAGAUCAAGACGCACUUGUUGCCGCUGGCGACGCUGUUCCGGAGCUUUGACCAGUUGCUGGGGCCGCCACUGCUGCCGCUUGAGGCGGCAGCAGUGGACCACUCGGGGAGCGGGGAGAGAAGACACGUGCGGCCGCGCGACGCGGUCAAAGUCGAGAAGGACUGGGCGGGCGCCUUGGACGACGUCAAGUCGCCGCGGUCGCCAUCGGGAGUGACAGUGGCGCACGUGCCGCGACAGGACUGGCGGUUUCUGUCGAUGGUGCUCAGCCUGCAGCUGUAG